AUGGUGGUUGGAGGCUUGAAGAUCCUCCUGGAGUCGGUCCCGGUGAGCGGCGACGCGAUCGAGGAGCCCGUUCAGCUCGUGGACCCGCUCACCCCGUACGUGGAGCUCCAACCGGAAAGAGUGGACGACCGAGUCCCCACCAGUCAUGGCGCGCAGAUCCUCCCGAAGUUGCUGCUGGUCACACUGUUGGCGGGACUGGUCGAGUUCAGCGGCGGUUGCAGCGUGGGAGGCCUGGGCAGAGUGGAUUAUGUUGUGGUGAUCGGCAGCGUGGCGUGCGAGAUCCGCGUUCUCGCGACGCACUUCACUCAAGUCUUGAGCAAUCUGGAGCACGGAUCCGGCCAGCUCGCCAUCAAUCACGCGGCCCUCGAUCCGUCGCUCCACUGGUCCUUCAUGCGAUCCAUGGAGGCCAUGGCGUCGGCACCCCGGAAGCUCGCAUCGUCGCUCGACCCGGCCGACGUCACGCCGGCUGCAUUGCUGGCCGUGAUCAACCACUACUACGCGGUGUUGGAAGCCUUCGAUGAGCUGCGCCAGGCGUACACCCUCGCCCGCCAGCACAACGAACAGCUUCACGCCGCGCCUACCGCCAUACGAGAGAUCGCAGAUCGCUUCGUGACCUUCGGCCAGCGCAAGUACAACGCCAGUCCAGCCAAGCUAGGGAAGGUGUAA